AAAAUAUACAAUCAGUGAAACGAUAGCUCGCAUGUGACGUUCAAACGACUUGAUGCAACGGUUUUCCUGUGUUUACAUAAAUUUUUGAAAAUAAUAUGAGUAAUACGACCAACUAUCCCUCUUGUAUAAAAAUUCCUGUCACUAGUUCAAGACAAAAUAAUGCAAUGGUUCCUAAAACAUUAGAUUUAAAUGAAGUAUUAGCACUUAACAGAGAAUUAAUAACAUUAGCCAAUCAAGCAUUUGGAGAAGGAAAAUGGAAUCACAGUGUAACAAAUCAAACAAUUGAUUUUGUAGAACUUUACAUGGGCAAAUAUGUUUGUGGAUGUGCAACAUUUGUUAAGAUUCAAUUACAUAAUGGUACAUAUCAUGAAGAUAUGGCGUACUAUAGUGCAGAAGGAGCUACAAAAGGUUUAGCGAUACAUUCUGCAAGAAUUGUUUCUCUUACAGAAGCAUUCAAGAAAGUAUUAAUGUGUUUUAACUAUUUCAUAGAACAUGAUAUAGAGAAGCUACUAACAAAAUCAUCUAAUUCAGAUACAAAUAAUAUUCAAAUAGAAAAUGUAGAGUGCUCUCUAUCUGACUUUAAUAGCGAUAUGUUGGAAUCAUAUGCACAAGCAAGUCCAUCUAAAAAACAGAAAACCAAUGUGGAAGAGAACAAGCCAGGAUCAAUGUUCAAAUCAAAAAGUUUAUGCAAUCAGGGGGAACAUAUGUCAGUACCAAAACUAGAAAUAAAAUCAAAAAGUGCGACACUAAAUACAAGCAAAUCUAAUCUCAUAACGAAUACAAAUAAUGUAAAAGGUCAGUUACAGUCCGAUUGUACAAGUUCUGAAAAAGUGCAGGAAAUUAACCAAAAGGAACAGGAACGAAAAACAGCAUUAAGUGAGGAAGAACUGUUACGAAUGGAACGAAAACGAAAGCAAAUGGAAAAAAAAGCCGAGUUUAAAAGAUUAAUGCUGGAAAGAGAACAGCAAAAAAAGAUGGAAAGCAUGAGACCUAAUCCCAAAUAUUAAUACAAAGUAUUAUGUACAUAUAGAUAUUAUAAACUAAAAGACACGAGAAUGUAAAUGUAACAUAAGCUGAUAUGUAAUAUCGUCAAUUAUGAAAAUUUUUACGAAAAUUUAAUUUGUUUAUGUAAUACAAAUAUAUGUGUAAUUGUGUAUCGUU